CUCUCCUUUCCUGCAAUGGCGGCGCCUGCGGAGGCCUCGCUGGGGGCCCUUCGGGGGUCUCUGGGCUCGGUGCUUUCGGGGCUGCGGGGCGGAGAGGCCCCCGGAGGAGAGGCGGCGGCGGCUUUCGAGGCGGGGCGCUUCUGGGCAUCCCUCGCGGGGGCCUUCGAGGCGGCCUCCCGGGAAGCCACCCAGCUCAGCCUGGCCUUCGCCCGGGAGCCCCCCGACGGAGAGGCGGGCGAGCGUCUGGCCGGAGGCGUCCAGCAGGCGGCGCUGGCGGCGGCCUCGGUCUACUACCAGCUGCCCAAGGGCCAAGGGACCACGCUGCGCAAGGCGGUGCGCGAUGCCACGCUGGAGAUGCUGGAGGGCCUGGUCCAGCUGACGGAGGCCAUCCUUCGGGCGCCAGGGCUGCCCAGUGUCUCUCGGGAGCAGCUGGUCUCCACCGGAGGCCUCUGGGAGGCCUGCCACCGCGUCUCUGCCCUGCCUCGAGAUAACCAAGCAGCAGUGGCCUGGGUCCUUUCCUCCUGCCUGGGGGUCGUGAGGGAUGCCCUGGAGGAGAUGGAGCAGGCGCAGACGGAAGGCGGGGACCCUUACGGGGAUGUCCUUGAUGAUGAUGACCUUGGCACUCGGGGAAACCGGGACGUCUACUGGUCGGAGGCUGACCGGCGGCUGCUGGGCCCCUGCCUGGGGCUGGUGAAGUCCGCCAAGGCCUGCCUGAAGAAGGUCCUGGGGGCAGUCAGGGCCCAUGGCCAGGUGGACACAGCGGAGCAGGUGGCCCAGCUGGAUGACCUCGCAGACAUCGCUGGAGAUGUUAGUCCAAGCGUGGAUGAGCUGGCGCUGAGCACCUACCCACCUGUGAACCAGCUGACUCUGCGACUGAACGCGGCAAAACUGGCAUCUGUGCUGAAGAAGAUGCUGGAAAUCACCAGGGCCAGCCACGUUUGCCCACCAUCCGAGGAGGGCUGGGUGCAGUUCCUUGCAGGUGCAGUCGAUCACAACCUGGACAGAAUCAAGGGCUUGACUCAGGAGCUCCUUUGAGGGGCCAAAUUGACUCUUGGUGGUUGUUCCUGGGCUGACCAGCCAGCCCUCCAGCCUCCAUAGAAGCCCGCCACUGGCUUCCCAGGAAUCAGCAGCAGCAGCAGAGUGAUGGGGCUCCUGGGUGACAGAGAAACUGCUGCUGCAGCUGCUGCCACCGCCUUGGGUGUAUAUGGACGCUUGGGUCCGUGGCAAUAAAGGGCAGGCAGGGCUGCUGUUGGCCCUGAUCCUGUGCAGGAGCCAA